AUGACUAGGUUAUUCAAUAGACCCGUGGAUAACAUUCAGAGCGACGGGUACCGGGAGCCAUUCACGAGCAUGCAUGCCGGCGUCAACGACGACGAUGCGUUUCCUGGGCUCUUCGAAUCUCAUCAACUGUAUCGUGUGGCGGGACCAUCACAAGAAAUUGGAGCAUUAGAAGCCCAUCUAGACAUCAUAUCGCAGACACCAGCAGUUCGUUCAACAUCUGGGCAACUUGAGGCCUUGAUCAAACUGUCUCCAGAAGCUAAACAAAAAUGGCUGCAAUACUUCAAUCAAAAACAAAUAUCAUAUACUAAGAUAGUCGAUAAUCUAGCAGAUAUUCUUCGCGAUGAAGAAGCAAAAAAUAUAAGAGCAAAGUAUGACUCGAAACAAAAUGGCAGCUCAAUCUGGAACGCAUACCAUGGACAUGAAGAGAUAAACAAUUACCUGGACGAUCUGGCCGAGCAAUAUCCAAACUUAUUCACAGUUGUAAACGCAGCCCUGACUUAUGAAGGUCGUCAGAUCAAAUACGUGAGGAUAUCUACAACACGAUUCGAAGAGCCCAGGAAACGCGUCGUCGUCGUUGACGCCGGCAUGCAUGCUCGUGAAUGGCUCCCGGUACUCGUCGCUCUGAAUGUUAUCCACCGGUUGGUGGUCGAUAUAGUAAACAACCCUCAGAUGGAGUUGUUGGACUGGGUGGUCAUCCCGUUAGUAAACCCCGAUGGCUACGAAUAUUCAAUUAGAGAGUUGUACCGUGUGGCGGGUCCAGCACAAGAAAUUGGAGCAUUAGAAGCCAAUCUAGACAUCAUAUCAGCAACUUCUGCUGCUCGUUCUGCUUCAGGACAACUUGAGGCCUUAGUCAGACUUGCUCAAGAAGAUAAACAAAAAUGGCUUCAAUAUUUCGACCAAAAGGAAAUGUCAUACACCAAGAUAGUCGACAAUCUUGCUGAUAUUCUUUGGGAUGAAGAAGCUAAAACUAAAAGGGCAAAGUAUGCCGCAAAACGGAGUGGUAAAUCGAUUAGUUGGGACACUUACUACAGAUACGAGGAGAUCAACGAUUACCUAGAUGAAUUAGGAGAGCAACACCCCAACCUGGUAACAGUUAUUAACCCAGGGUUGAGUUACGAAGGUCGUCAGAUCAAAUACGUAAGGAUCUCUACAACGCGAUUCGAGGACUUGAGGAAACCCGUCAUCAUUAUUGAUGCAGCCGUCCACGCUCGCGAAUGGAUUACUCCUCCCGUCGCCUUAUACAUUAUUAAUCAACUGGUGGUUGAUAUUGUGGAUAACGAUCUGACAGAAAGACUCGACUGGGUGAUUAUUCCACUAGCAAAUCCUGACGGCUACGAAUACUCAAUUACAGAGGACCGCAUGUGGCGAAAGACGCGCUCCAAAGCACACGAUGGUGCUGAAGAAUGUCUAGGUGUAGACGGCAAUCGCAACUUCGACCACUACUGGGGUACUAGUGAAGCCAGUGCAGACCCCUGCAGUCUUAUUUAUGAAGGACCAGCUCCCUUUUCCGAACCUGAAAUCCGCGUUAUUAGAGACGUGAUCAUGCAGAAUUUGAACCGAGCUGUAAUGUACAUUUCGUUGCACAGUUUUGGUAGUAUGUUCCUGUAUGCGUGGGGUAAUAAUGGUACUUUGCCGUCAAAUGGUCUAACCCUUCACGUGGCGGGUGUGCGAAUGGCAACAGCUAUUGAGGAAUUGGCUCUCGAAAAGGCUGACCCUUACAUCGUUGGCAAUGCAGCUAAUGUCCUAUACUAUUCCACUGGUACUUCCAGAGACUGGACUCGAGCAGUUGGCAUUCCUCUCACUUACACACUCGAGCUACCCGGAUACGAAUACGGGUUCCUACUCCCGCCGGAAUAUAUCGAACAAAUAGUUAAAGAAACUUGGUACGGAAUUGCUGCUGGCGCACACUACGUUUUAUCUCUAUACAACUAA